AGGGGGUUCGGUGUUCUCUGCGCCACCGCCGGUGGUUUCGGUUCAUUACCUCCGUCGUCUCUCGCUUCUUGGUAAUCUUUGGAGAGAAGAUAGCUUUCAGGGUUAGGGCUAAGGGAUUCUGAGGGAUGGCGUCGUUUGCGGAGGCUCCGCCGGGGGAUGCGAAGGCGGGGGAGAAGAUCUUCAAGACGAAGUGCGCUCAGUGCCAUACCGUCGACAAGGGUGCCGGCCAUAAGCAAGGUCCCAAUUUGAACGGGCUGUUUGGAAGGCAGUCUGGCACUGCGCCUGGUUACUCAUAUUCUGCUGCUAACAAGAAUAUGGCUGUCAUGUGGGAUGAGUCAACCUUGUAUGAUUACUUACUCAAUCCAAAGAAGUUCUCGGAAUUGCACCAGUUCAUCCCUGGGACGAAAAUGGUUUUCCCUGGUUUGAAGAAACCUCAGGAACGAGCCGAUCUGAUCGCAUAUCUAAAGCAAGCCGCUUCCUGAUUUAGCCUCAGUAGUUUCCUACUUUGCAUUCAGCGGGCAAAAAUAUUUUGAAUGUUGAGAAACUAUUUUUUCGCAAUAGACGCCCUGUGGUACGUGCAUACUCUCCAAGUGGCGUUGGGCUGCCCCAUCCUUUGAUGCAUGUUUCCUGAACUCGUAUGCUUUUAUCUUCAUCGUAUGUUCAAGGACUCCUGUUGUCACACAUCUGAAGGAACUUUGAAUGUUUCUAAAUCCUUUAACGUUGAGAACUGCAAUGUUUUAUUAUGUAGUAGCUGAUAAUAAACAAGGAAAGAGUUAUGCA